ACGGAUCGGGCAGCUAUGCCGCGGAGGAGCAGCCGAGGCGGAGUAUGUAGGAGCUUAUAGCAGUGCUGUCCGCAGGCGCUGAAAGACACCGGCCAGUCAACAAAGAAAGCGGAGAUAUUCGGCGAAGAACACGAUAAGGGCCUCUUUCGAAUUUCUCUACAUUUGAGCCAGUCGACGAAUUCUCAGUUUGGGUAGCGAGUGCCACAUCUUCAGCAAUGUUUCCAGCCGCGUGAACGCAGGAAAUUUAUUCCUCCUUUUUUAUUUGCAUUUAAUAAAACAACCAAACAACACACGGGGUCGCAAUGAUUUUGUUAGCAUUCGGUUCUAGAAGACAUUUGAACAAUCUUUGUCAAGAAUCGCUUUGCUUGCACUUCAUUCUGUGGAUUUUAACGUUAUGUGCGGUCCACGCAGAGGAGCGGUUCAAUGUUGAGUCGUGGCUCCAGCAGUAUGGAUACCUGCCUCAGUCGGACCCGCGCGUGUCUCUGCUGCGCUCGGCGGAGACGCUCCAGUCGGCCAUCGCUGCCAUGCAGCGACGCUACGGGCUCCCUGUGUCCGGCGCCCUGGACCAGAACACCGUCGACUGGAUGAAGAAGCCUCGAUGUGGUGUUCCCGAUCAGUUUGGGGGUGCUUCCAAAUUUAAUGUGCGGAAACGACGCUACGCCUUAACAGGACAGAAGUGGCAGCACAAGCACAUAACAUACAGCGUAAAGAACUUCACGCCAAAGGUGGGGGAGAAAGAGACCCACAACGCCAUCCAGCGGGCCUUCCAGGUAUGGCAGAACGUGACGCCGCUGCGCUUUCAGUCCGUGCCUUACCGGGAGCUGGAGCGCAGCAAGCGCGACGUGGACAUCACCAUCAUCUUCGCCUCGGGUUUCCAUGGGGACAGCUCGCCGUUCGACGGCGAGGGCGGCUUCCUGGCGCACGCGUACUUCCCCGGGCCCGGCAUCGGCGGCGACACGCACUUCGACUCGGACGAGCCUUGGACUCUGGGGAACCCCAAUCAUGAUGACGUCCACACAGGUAAUGACCUGUUCCUGGUGGCGGUGCACGAGCUGGGCCACGCCCUGGGCCUGGAGCAUUCCAACGACCCCACGGCCAUCAUGGCGCCCUUCUACCAGUACAUGGACACCGACAACUUCCACCUGCCCCAGGACGACCUGCUCGGCAUCCAGAAGAUCUACGGACCCCCACCAGACAAAACUGCCCAGCCCACUCCACCCCUCACCACAGCUCCCGCUCCCCGCACUCACCCCCGUCCAGACCCCCGGAGAGACUACCCCCAGACGCGGCCUCCCCCCAUCCCGCCGGCCGACCGCCCCAACCCCGACGGCAAGCCGUACAUCUGCGACGGCAACUUCAACACGCUGGCCAUCCUCAGACGCGAGAUGUUUGUGUUCAAGGACCACUGGUUCUGGAGGGUGCGUGAUAAGGCUGUGAUGCCAGGCUACCCCAUGCUCAUCAGCAUGUUCUGGAGAGGGCUGCCGGCCAAGAUCGACGCUGUGUACGAGAACGUCGAGGGCAAGUUUGUCUUCUUCAAAGGGAAGCAGUUCUGGGUGUUUAAGGACACGGAGCUGCAGCCUGGCUACCCGAAGGACAUCACCCAGUUCGCCCGUGGCAUGCCCCCUCAGAGCAUCGAGACGGCCGUGAGCUGGGACGACGUGAGCAAGACGUACUUCUUCAAAGGAGACAGGUACUGGAGAUUUAAUGAGGAGCAGCACACCAUGGACCCUGGUUACCCCAAACCCAUCACCGUCUGGAGGGGCAUCCCAGAGGCACCGCAAGGCGCCUUCGUAGACAAAGUCAAGGGCAUCACCUACUUCUACAAGGGCAAGGAGUACUGGAAGUUCAACAACGAGCUGCUGCGCGUGGACCCGGGCUACCCGCGCUCCAUCAUCAAGGACUUCAUGGGCUGCGAGGACCCGCCGCCGCGCCGCGACCCGCCACCGCCCACCGAGGACGUGGACAUGGUGAUCCCGCUGCCGCGCCAGGACGACUCGGUGCUGCUGGCGGCCGUGCUGGUGCCCUGCACGCUGGCGCUGUGCGUGGCGGCGCUGGUGGCCACCGUCUGCUACUUCCAGCGGGCGGGCACGCCGCGCCACAUACUCUACUGCAAGCGCUCCAUGCAGGAGUGGGUGUGACCACCAGGGGGCCGGGGGGAGGCCGCGCCCGAAUAACAAAAAAAAAAGAGAAGAAGACGAGAAAAUAACGACAACGUUUCCUGGCCUUUGGGAGGGAAAGGGGCUUAUAGCUGACAGCCCCUCCCGAGAGAGGAGGGGGCAACAACACCCAAAAUACCCCCUGCACCCCAAACCUCCCUUAAACCCUCCCACCCCCGACUCCCAAACCCCUCACUUCCGCCACAACGAGACUGGGCAGGUUCCCGCUCCAAACUACCCAAGGUGCAUUGCAGACUAGGUCUUAAAGGUUUGCAGCGGACAGUGCUGUUCGCCGCUCUCCUGCACGCUGAAAAGGUUUGAAAAUAAACAAAAAAACAAAAUGAUUGAAAGAACAUGAAGGAUGCUGGAGCUCAAAGCGAGUUCACAACUUGAACCUUUUUCCGGUUUCUUGUGUUUGUUUUUGUUUUCCUUUCAAUCAAAUGUAAUUUAUUUUUGAAUGAUGUUUUUACUCUUCCCUUUAAGCAGUCUUGAGGAGAACCCAAACCAAAUAAGACUUCAUCUCCAAAGAGAAUCUUAGUUUUUUUUUCUCUCUCUCUCUCUGUUUCUCUUGCGCUCUAGUUCUCUUGGAAAUGUUUUUUUUUUUCCCUCCCUACUCUGACAAAGAGUCAGGAAAUUCGACUGUUGUGGCAGUCUGUCUUAAAGAAGAAGAAGAAAAAAAAAAGAAACAGGGGCCAAGAUAUUCUGCAAUAUUUUAACCGCCUUAAUUACACAUCCUGUUCUUCAUGACAGAGCGUGUCUCUCUCUCUCUCUCUCUCUCUCUCUCUAUCUUUCUCUCUCUCUCUCUCUUGUUAUCGCCUUGGUUUGUUUGUCUGUGCAUUUUUUUUUUUGCAUCUGUUUGGCUUCACAGAGCUGGCAGUGCCCAUUUUUUUGCCAGGGAGCAGCAGCGGGGUUUGCCAAAAGGUCAAGACACACAACAUUGAUGUUUGACCUCAACCAUAACUAUGACCUUUCCCCCCGACCCUGCCCCGACCACUGUCGCAUCCCUGGAUCAUUUUAGCCCAUUUGGUGUGCUAGGACUCCCGACUGCAACUCCGACAUUGCGUUGCGUUGGGGGGUGUUAGGAUUGAGACUGAUGGGGCCGUUUACCCUGGCUCUAGAACAGAAGGAACACAAGCUAGAUGAGGCACCCGCUGGGCUGUGCCACCACCAUACCACGCCAUUCCCAGUCCAGUUACACCCUGUGAGAGUGGGGCCCGCAUAUGUCAUUUCAGGAGACACACACACACACACACACACACACACACACACACACAUACUCACACAUGCAUCCUCCUCAGGACCUACUCAUUCUCUGGAGCCACUUCACUAUUGAUCCGCUAGUCGUCUACUAAAGAGUAGCCCAUCUGUCGGUCACAUAUCAUGCAGAAGAGGGGGGCUAGAAGAGGUUGCAUCCUGUUCUGUAUUUUUCCCCCUUUUUUUGUUUUCAUGAGAGCCUGAAUCUCUUUUUUUUUUUUUUUUUUUUUUUUUUACUCUCCCGCGGCAACGGGAGGACAGGACUCCAUAAAUCUUUGCCUCUGUUAUGUAAAAAAAAGAGAAAAAAAAUAACAUACAUAUUUCUUUGUAGUUCUUGGUACAGUGAAAACAAAACAUGAUUUCUUUCGAACCUCAAGAUUUCAAGUGGUACAAUUUAAAAAAGAUAUAUUCCAGUGAGCAAAGCCUAAAGUACUUCUAAAGUAUGACUAACAAACAGGGAGAGGAGCAAGAGCAUGAAUCCGGUCUCUCGGCCUGUCUGGAGGCAGUGGUGAAUAAGGCCAUUGCAUGGUUUGAAUGAUGGCCGAGGGAAACGAAUGGGAAAUCACUUAAUGACUUUUCUGUACAACUCGGACUGGGACCAUGGAAUAGCCCUGAAGAAGUGAAUAAAAAUGAUCAAUAUAUGA